UAUUUCCUGCAUUGAUCGUGUAUUUAUUGCGAGGAAAACACCGAUCUGUUACAAAUAAGAAAUACUUUUAUAUUUCUUUACGACAGGGCUUGUUUUCAGUUACACCCUUACAUCCUCCAAAGAAGAAAGAUAAACAGUGUCUAGAUCUGAUAGCGGACAUAUGAAUGGAAAUUCGCUCGCCAGCAACGUCAAUAUUUUUGAGAAAUCGAAAGUAGACGAUCGUCUCUCACAUUUUGACACGUGUUACCGCAAAAUGACACAUAUGUGUUGAUUUUAUAGUUGUUAUUAUAAGCACACACUUUCCUUAAGUUAGUUAGAAAUGAAGAUUUGGAGAAAAUUCAUUGUUUUGGGCUGGAUUUUUGCUCUGUUGUUUGCCUGUGAGAUAAAUGUAUGUCAUGGACAAGAUGAAGUUGAAGAUGAAGAUGAAACUCUAAGUCUUGUGGAAAUUAAAGAAACCAACCCAGAUUUAAGUGUUGCUUUAUCUGAAUAUGAUGUAAAUGGAGAUGGCAUCCUUGAUGUUGCUGAAAUAGAAUUAAGUUAUUCUUAUAUAACUGCAGCAAUAGAUAAACAUCAACAUAAAGACAAAACUUUACAGGAAGAAAAAGAGGAGACAGAUGGUUCCGAAGAGAAUGAAGAAAAUCAAAAGGAUGUUUCAGAAGAAAAUAAAAGGAAAAUUGAAACAAAGAAUGAAGGAGAAAAGAAACAAGCCUCUAACUGGAUUUUACCAUCUAUAAUUAUAGCCACAGUGUUAGGUGUCAUGGUAACGGCCCUGGUGUUUUUUCUUACCAACCAAGAAAUACCAUCAAAUCAAAAUAUACAGACUCCUGCUGGAUCAGGCGCAAUAAAACGUGAAGAAUGGCUUAAUAGAAUUUCACAACAAAAUAAAAAUGAAAGUAGAACACAAUCUUCAUCAAACAAAGACGAUACUCUGGAAGAUAAACCAUUAACUAAUGAGAAACCACCAGACAAGAUGCCAAAUCUUGAUGUCAAAGAUAGUCAUUUAAAAGUCAAAGAAAAAACAAACUUAGAUCAAGUUGUUGAUGAAACGUCAAAGCAGAAAGAUGAUGAGAAACUGCCCGAUGUGGUAUCAAAAGUUGACGUUAAAGAUGGUCAUUUUAAAGACAAAGAAAAAACAGUAUCGAAACAAGCUGCUGAUAAACCUGGAACAGAUGAUGUCAGUUCUACGACAACCCCUAAACCAUUCAGCAAAGAAAAACCAAAACAACUUACGCUUGUAGAAUUUCUAGAGAGUGUUUUGAAUUGUAAAAUAGAAAUUAAAAAUUCAAAGACCCAUUAUUCUCUAGGAUCACUAACAAUUAAGGAGUCAGAUUUUCCUAUUCAUUCAGAUGAUAUUCCAGAAAAAAUAGGCGCUGUCAUAAAAUUGAUUAUUCCUCGUCAGAUUAAUAAAAUAAAAUAUGUUUUAAAUACUUUUGAUGAGUGUGAAGUACGAGAACCGGAGAUAAAACAUAAUGAUCUGAUUAUAUCAGCAUCAAAAUGGCUGAAGAAUAAAGCUAUCAGUGUGAUAUUUGAAACUAUUAAAGCAGAAGAUGGUGAAGCUAGUGCAGCAGAUGACCUGUGGACUGACUUUGGUACUAAAAAUGUUGCUAAUGAUGCUGUUGUAUUUUUACGUAGAAUUUCCGGGUGGUCCGAAGAUGGCGUUGUUGUGUCACCUAGUUUGUUGUCCAAUCUCCUUGAUUAUAGUUGUCAUGGCAACAGAUGUGUUGAUUUUUUAGUAGCUCUGAUACAAGCUGCUGGUAAACAGAUCAAGAAAGUGAAACGACUGGAUGAGAUGGUUCUACAAGAGAGCAAUACAUUGAAAGGAUUAGAAAUUUUACUUAGCAAUGUAAAUUUGAGUUCCGUUCUAGCAGUGGUUUUACAAGAAGAGAUUAAAAAUGCAGCUGAGGAUUUGGGAAUAUAUUUUGAAAAUCACUCUAUAUUUGGUCCACUGUUAUCAGUAACUUCUAUACCAAGUACCAAGAAGAUAGGAAACAUGAUGUCUUUAACAGGAAAUUCUGUAAUACCAUUUGUAGAAUUGCAAAAGAAGUCCUUCCCUCCUAGGGAAUCAGAUUUAAGAAUUCUGGAGAAAUCUGUUCAAGAUUGUUUCCAUCAAUGUCAGGACAAUAUUUAUAACGCUUUAAAGAAGGUGGUGAGUAAUAAAUCUACACGUGAGGCGGGGUUAGCUUGGUUAGCCACUGUUAUUGGUUUAAAUGAUCUACGAACAGCAUCUUUACAAGUUACAGAUACACAAUCUCAGACCUGCUGUUCUGAUGGUUUUAUGUUAAAUUUCUGUGCUGUUAUGUUAAAGUUUUUUAUACCCAUAUAUGGUAAUAAAGAAAAGAUUGACAAGAUUGAUUUAAGAUAUUCUACAUCAUCAUCUUGCAGAUUGAACUACCAUUUUGAAACAUGUCUAGCUGGCGGGCAGAUAGUUUCAGAAAAAGAAAUUCAAAAGAAAUUUGGUGCCUUACCUGAAGAAUUACAGAAUCAGCAUAGCUUUAUAACAGAGUGUUUCCAUUUAACACAGCGAGCUUUAAGUAUAGGAGUUAUACCGGCUAUAAUACAUUAUAAUCAUAUGCAUAGAGAUUUGUCCAAUCAAAUACAGGCAGUAAAAGAUACACCUAAAGAAAAUGAAGUGAAAAGAACUCAUAUGUUACUAAAUAUGAUGUGGGAAACAAGUUUAGCUGAUGUUGAUCUGGUUAAAAAUAUAACAAUGUUUUAUUUAACACAAGCUGAUUUAUUACUACAGUUAACAUCACAUGAUGAUGAUAGUGACAAGCAAAGUAAACUUAAAGACGAGCGUCUUCUAUUUCAACAAAUCCCAGAAUUCUGUGUAAAAGAUAUGGCCGUUUGGUUUCAGUUUGUAGCAGGACAUGCUGUACACGUACACAAAGGAAUAAUGUGGGGAUUGCAAUUGUCCAGGUUUGUUGAUUGUUGUGUAAUGUUAUUGGAAAGACCUGAUAUUAUGCCAGGUCCUAUUGUAGCCAGUAAACUUGUCUCAACAUUAUUACUCUUUGUACAGUCGUCACAACAUAAUCGUCAAGGUACUGGUGGAUGGAGUGGUACAUCAGGUAUGUCUGAUCUAGGAUUAAUGGUACAUACUAGUCCUACGGUACAGAGUAAAUUAGGACCAGCAUUAUUACAUACUUAUAUCAGUGUGGAUGUUGUAGAAGGGUUAGAUGUUGAUAAAGAUGAGUUCGAUAAAUAUACAGCUAGGUCACAGAUAGGUCAGUUGAUACGGCAUCUAUGGGACAGACCAGAUUGUAAGCACUCUAUAUUACAACAACAUUUAACACCACAAUUUCAAAAUUUUCUAGGUGCUAUACUGGAUACAUUAUUAUAUAUGUUACAUGAUGCUUUAUCUAGAAUGGCUAAUGUUAAAAGAUCAGAACUAGCUAAAGAUAAUGUUAGUGAAUGGAAUGCUCUGUCAUCUAAAGAACAACAUGAUAGAACUUUAUUUCUACUUAAUGAAGAACAUGCUGGAAGAGGUUUUAUGGCUUUAGCCAAUCAAACGUUAAGUUUUAUUUUACUACUGACUGAAGAAGAAGUUGUGUCUGCUUGUUUUAACAAAAAUCCACUAGCCCAACGAUCUGCUUCUGCUAUUUGUGGAUUUUUGCUGUCAUUAUGUGGUGCUAAAGCAAAAGAUUAUAAAGUUAAAAAUAUGGCUAAAUACAACUUUGACCCCAAGUUAUUAUUGACGAACAUUGUCAAAAUUAUUCUCCAUAUUUGUAAGAAUGAAGAAAGUGAAAGUGGGUUUAAACAAGCUCUGGCUGAAGAUUCUGAUUUUGAACUUGAGGCUUUCCAGAAGGCCUUUGAGGUUAUUUAUAGCAAAGGAUUAACAGGUGAAGAGUUUGUUGAUCAGUUCGCUAAUCUGAUAGUUGAGUUAACAGAAUUUCAAAAUAGUGCAAGUUCAUCCAAGGUUAUAUCUAAACAAGAAUUUGAUUGGUUGAAAGAUGCUGUUACCAUGGAAAUUAAUCAAGAUCAAAUAGUCAAAUCAUACACUGAUUUAAUGGCCUCUUUAAGAUUUGAGACAUCCAACUUGGCAGAAUCACACAGUUAUCAGAGUAAUGUUCAGGCCAUGGAUCCAAGAUCACCAAAAAUAAAAACUUUGAUGAAAGAAAUGAAACAACUUCAACAGAAUUUACCUGUUCAUCCACAUGCUGCUAUCUAUGUCCGUCAGGAUGAAGAUAGAAUGGAUUUAAUGAGAGCUAUGAUAACAGGACCAGUAGAUACACCGUAUAGUGGUGGCUGUUUUUUGUUUGAUGUUUAUUUUCCGACAUCCUAUCCUAAUAAUCCACCAUUAGUUAAACUAAUAACUACUGGUAAUGGUACAGUCAGAUUUAAUCCUAACUUAUAUUCAGAUGGUAAAGUAUGUUUAAGUUUAUUAGGAACUUGGCAUGCUGGUGAUGCCAGUGAAAAAUGGAAUCCUGGAAACUCUAGUCUUUAUCAGGUACUGGUAUCUAUACAGAGUAUUAUAUUAACAUCUGAUCCUAUGUUUAAUGAACCAGGUUAUGAUGGUAUGAGAGAAACAGAGGAUGGAAAGAAACAAAGUGGCCAGUAUAACUGGAAAAUACAGUUACAUACAUUACGUCAUGCUAUACUGGGUAAUAUACGACAUCCUCCACCAGGAUUUGAAGACUUGAUCAAACGUCAUUAUUACAUACAAAAAGAUAGUGUAUUAAAACAAUGUGCUGUUUGGAUAGAGCAGUGUAAAGAUGAAGAUCUUGUUAAACGUAUGCGAAUAGUUUGUGACGAUAUUUACCGUGAAUUACAGGACAUAGAGUUACCUCCCUUACAUAAAGAUGACAGUGAGGAGGAGUUGUCAGAAUAAAUAAUUCAUCAUUAACCAUUUGCAAUUUAAAUAUGGGUGACAUACUUUACUAUUUACAUCUGGGCGAUGUAUGUGCUUCAAGUAUUUAGAUCUAGGUGCCGUGCUUCAAGUAUUUACAUCUAGGUGAUGAACAUGCUUCAAGUAUUUACAUCUGGGUACAUUGCUUCAAGUAUUUAGAUCUGGGUACCGUGCUUCAAGUAUUUAGAUCUGGGUGCAGUGCUUCAAGUAUUUACAUCUGGAUGCCAUGCUUCAAAUAUUUACAUCUGGGUACAGUGCUUCAAGUAUAUACAUGUAACUUAUUAACUCAGUAAUCAAGCACAUUCAUCGGGUUUUGCCCAUAAGAUACUACUCAUACACUUCUGGAAAAACUGCUGUUCCACAGGAGUCAGAAGAUAUUAUGCAAUACCAAUAGAGUCUAAGUAAACUACAUCGAACCGUGCCAUUAAUUUCAUUCUUGGCAAUUCUAUAACUUUAAUGUACAAGUUCUUACUCCAGCAGAAGGGGUUGGGGUGGAGGUCUAACACAUUUGCUUUAAAUCAUGCAGUCUGACAUUGAUCCCAAUUCUGUACAUGACAGAGACAUGGUGUCGCCUGCCUAAUGUUGUUGGUUUUCUUUGUUGUCCCCAGCCUUUUGCAGAAAGCAGGGGACUAUUAAAAUGGGUUCAUCCAUCUGUCUGUCUGUCUGUCCGUCACACUUUUUGGGACACAAUAACUCUCCUUCUAAUUGAGCUAGAAUGUUCAAACUUGGUGUAGGUGUUUAUUGGGUCAAUGCCUUGAUGGAGUUCAAAGAUGAGCAUUUUCUGCUUAGGGUAAGCAGAGAUAAGCAAUUUGAUUGGUUGAUGCUUUGGGACACGAUAACUUUAGUUCUAAUUAAGUGAGAGUGAGGACACUUAAUUGGUGUAUAGCUUUAUUACAUCAAUACCUUGACUAAGUUCGAUAAUGAACAUUUUCUGCUGAGGGUAAGCAGAGCGAUAAGCAAUUUGAUUGGUCGAGACUUUGGAACACAAUAACUCUCCUUCUAAUUGAGGUAGAAUGUUUUAACUUGGUGUAGGCAUUCAUUAGGUGAAUCCCUUGAUGGAGUUCGAUUAUGAACAUUGUCUGCUUACGGUAGGCAGAGAUAAGCAAUCUGAUGGGUUGAUGCUUUAAGGGCACGAUAACUUUGGUUAUAAUGAAGUGAGAGCGAUGAAACUCUGAAUAUAGAUUCAUUAUAUCAUUACCUUGACAAAGUUCGAUUGUGCGAAUUUUCUGCCUGGGCUAAGGAGCGAUAAGCAAUUUGAUUGGUCAAGACUUUGGAACAUAAAAACUCUGCUUUUAAUUAAGGUAGAAUGGUUAAACCUGAUGUAGAUGUUCAUUAGGUGAAUGUCUUGACUGAUUUCAAUGAUUAACAUUUCAAGCUAAAGCUAAGCAGAGCUAAUCAAUUUCAUUGGUCAAUGCUAUGGGACAAGAUAAUCUUGAUUCUAUAUGAUACAGAGUGACGAAACUUAGUGUGUCGUUUGAUUGCUCGAAACUUUUGAAAAAAAUAAAUGUGCGAUUAAUUAAUAUGUGUCAUCUAUUUAUUUGGGGAUUUUGGCGGGGGACAUCAGCCUCACUGUUGGCUUGUUCCCUCUGUCCUCUAGUUAAGUCCAAGUACUAAAGAUCCUUAUGCACAGGUGAAUUAUUGAAAUAGAAAUUGACAGUAUGCUAGUCCCAACUUAUCAUAGUUUUUGUUGAUUGAGUGGGAAUUAAAUCUGCGAUCAUUUUGGUCUAUACACAUACCUUGUUUUGCAUUUAAGCCCAUUAUAUAUAUAUAUGUACCUAAUUUACUCCAUGUCUCAACAAGUAUUGCUUAUUUUUUUCUUUGUUUGUAAAAGUGCACUCUAGAAUUAAAAUAUGUCAAUAUAAUAGGCUACAGUUUUAAAAAGAAAUUGUUUGUCCAUUUUCAUUAGGUGUAAUAAAAAAAGGUAUAAAUAGGCUACGGUUUUAAAAAGAAAUUGUUUGUCCAUUUUCAUUAGGUGUAAUAAAAAAAGGUAUAAAAUCCUCCUAUAUUCCAUAAUAUGACUUUUCAUUGUUGGAGGCCACAGUGACUCAGUGAGAAAGACAUUGCCUCGCUAACCUGGAGGUACUAUGUUAAAUCCCUGCGUUGGCGAGAAAGUUCUUAGGGAUUUUGUGGCAUGGUUCCCCCUUGUCACUGGUGUAGGGACAACAUAUAAUCAUUCGGAUGGGAUGAAAAAUCAAGGUCCUGUGUACACAUUGCCGUGCACGUACAAGAUCCCUUGACAGUUGAAAUACGAUAUAAAAGUAUGUCGUAGCGCUGCUGUCCAGUCAAAAUUUCUCUCAUAGCACACUUAGUCACUGUACUGCAUAUGCCCGUCUUCAUAAGCCAAGUCGGAGCAGAAAAGUAGAACGCUAAACCCCAUUUCAUUUCUUGUUAUUUACGCACAUUUAUAGGUCUAUCCAUAUUAUUUGUCUGUUGUUUGUCUUAUGUUAUUGAAAGUGUAUAUUAUUUGUCUUGUGUUAUUGAAAGUAUAUAUUAUUUGUCUUAUGUUAUUGAAGGUAUAUAUUAUUAUUUCAUAUUGUUAUUGAUUGUUAUUUACAUGCAUGUAUAUAUUAUUUGCUAUCCUUGUUAAUCCCUUGUAAACUAAAAUAUUGUGGUAGUUGAAUCUCUCAGUCCAAAUAUAGUUCAAUUUCAUUCAGCAUUUACAGAUUUAUAAUGAAUUUUGCAGCAUUUGGUAUCCUCUAUAAAUGAUAUAAAUAAACAAGCCAGCGCCACCUAUAAUUGUUGGCCUGUUUUUUUAUCUGAUUGAGAUUGAAUACAAACUGGUUUUGUUUUUUUAAUUAAAUGUUAAAUAAUCAAUUUGAGAAAAUUAGAGCAUGGAAUAAGUCUGGACUGCUAGCUAGAAGAAUGGAUCUCGCAGGACUAGAUACAAAUAUAAGCUUAUUUUAUUUACUGAUGGUCGAUCUGGAGCAUUAUGUUCAUAAAUUUCUUCUUGACUUAAAUUGUUGAGGGUUUACAUCUAUUAGAUGUCAGCUUGAGCUAAUUUUCAUCCUCUUGAAAUCGGAGCAUGGGUAAAAUUCAUUUGUUUUCUGUUGGGUUGUUGGGUUUGGAUGGCCGAAUGGUUAGCACGUGCAGAUUGUAUCAUAAAAUUGAGUCAACCGGUGCGGGUUGCCUGUCCAUCCUCGUGGGUUUUUCCCAGGUCCUCUGGUUUCCUCCCACUGCUAAAGACCCCUACGCUCAAGCGAAUUAUUGAAAUAAAAUAGACCUAUGUGCUAGUCCUGAAAUGACCUAGUUUGUAUCGAGUGGACGUUAAACCCCAUUUCUCUCUCUUUCUCUCUGUUGGUUUGUGCAAUAGCCCUUGAAAGGCUUGUAAUUGAUGUACAUCGACUGAUAUUUAAUAUCUAAUAUAUGUCUUCAUUUUGCAUUUAUUUGUUUUUCAUAACAUAUCUGUUUACAAUAUUCAGUACUUAAACUAGAAAAUUCAUGGAAAUUAUCACAGUAUAUAUCAUUCACUGAUAUUAAAUAUCUUAAAUAUUUCUUCAA